UGCAAAAAUUUAAAUUUCCCGCUAUUUACGCAUGCGCGUUUAAUUAAGCGUCUAAGACCUGAUUCAGUGUUUGAACGCCAUCUUUAUUGGCUUUACAUGACGCGCGGGGUAGCGCGGUGGAUGUGUCAAAUCGCGAGAACGACGGCAAUAUUUAGUUGAACAUGGUGUUUAUACAAAAGAGGUGAUUAUUCGCGUUGAAUUAUCGAUGUGUAUAAACUAGAUAAAAAAUGGUUAGUAACAAUUCACGGGGUACUCCCCGUAUACAGGUUUUUAGACCUACAUACGAAGAAUUUAAGGAUUUUACUAAAUAUGUGGAGUACAUGGAAAGUAAAGGAGCCCACAAAGCUGGUUUAGCGAAAGUUAUUCCGCCACCUGAAUGGGUACCAAGGAAAGGAGGCUACAAUUUAGACAACUUAGAUCUUACUAUUCCUGCUCCAAUUUGUCAGGUGGUAACUGGCAAACAGGGUCUUUACCAGCAAAUUAAUAUACAGAAGAAAUCUAUGACCGUUAAAGAAUAUAGUAAACUGGCCAAUUCCGAGCGAUAUAAUACUCCACGUCAUUUUGAUUACGAAGAUUUGGAAAGAAAGUACUGGAAGAAUAUAACAUACGUAGCGCCCAUAUACGGGGCGGAUGUAUCUGGCUCGUUAACCGAUCCGGACGUAAAAGAAUGGAAUAUCAACCAUUUAGGAACGAUCCUCGAUUACGUGAACAAAGACUAUGGUAUAUCUAUCGACGGUGUUAACACGGCGUACUUGUAUUUUGGAAUGUGGAAAACCACGUUCGCAUGGCACACGGAGGACAUGGAUUUGUAUUCGAUAAACUACUUACAUUUCGGUGCUCCAAAGACAUGGUACGCCAUACCACCGGAACAUGGACGAAGAUUGGAAAGACUUGCCAGCGGCUUUUUUCCAUCGAGCUACCAAAGUUGUCAAGCGUUUUUACGUCACAAAAUGUCUCUCAUCUCUCCUCAGAUAUUGCGGCAAUAUUCGAUUCCAUGCAAUAAAAUAACUCAAGAAGCUGGAGAAAUAAUGAUUACCUUUCCUUAUGGCUAUCACGCUGGCUUUAAUCACGGAUUCAAUUGCGCUGAAUCAACUAAUUUCGCUGCACCGCGAUGGGUAGAGUAUGGUAAAAGGGCUACACAAUGUACAUGUAGUAAAGAUAUGGUUAAAAUAUCAAUGGACACUUUUGUCAAGCGUUUUCAGCCAGAAAGGUAUGAAUUAUGGUUACGCGGAGAAGAUAUCGGUCCUCAUCCGGAGGAUCCUAGACAAACAGCCGCACCUAUGCCUUCUCAGAUGGAUCUUCUGUGUAGCAAUAGUAGUAACGGUCAAUUGCCUCAGAGCUAUCUGAAUGCAGCUCCAAAAAAUAAACGUCAUACGAUACAUAAGAAGAAGAAUAUCAUGGCAACGAACCCGGACGUUGAUAUGGAAGAGCUAGUGAAUCGUCCGGAUAUUCCUCCUGACGUGAAGAAAGUAUUACAAGAUCUAGAAUUAGAGGAGGUGGAUGAUGGGCCAGACGAGCAACAGUUAGAAGUUCUCGAAGACAUAUGGCUGAAAGCUGGAGAAAUGGAUGUACACGAGGCUUCUGUUUACGAUGAUGGUUACAAUCGUAAAAAGAGUCGGAAGCGAAAGAAGAAGAACGCCGAUAAGGAUAAAUCAAAGUCCAAAAGGGAUUCUAACAAAAGUAUUAUAGAAAACGUGACGGUGAAGACUGAAAUAAAAGUGGAACCAGACGAUAGCUUUAACUACGAAUCUUCCUCGUUCCCGGAUCAAAGCAUCGAGUUAGAUAACGACAGUCACGAAGAUAGCAAUGUAAUUACGAAUGAUAUUACUGGAAGCAUUAAACUGGAGGAUGCUUCUGAUUUCUCCGAGGCCACCGAGAAGCCGGUUAAGAAGAAGAAGAAGCAUUCAAAGUCUGGGGAACAGAAGAAAGCGAAAUCAAAGAACGUGAAUAAAACUAAACGUAAACAUUUGAAUAUAUCUAUCUUCGAUAUUAACGAACCUUUGGACGUGUCCGACGCUGACGUCCAAAGGAAGCUUAUGGCUAUGCCGAGUCUUCACGCGCAUAAAUCAUUGACUGACAGUCAAUCAAGGAUAAAUGAUAUAUCGGAGAGUAUCAUUUUCACCGAUAACGAUACUGAUACAAGCCCAGUCAAGGUUAAAACUGUUUUAAACAUUGCAAGUAGCGGUCAAGUAGCAAGUUCUAUUUAUAGUGAUACGAAGGGGACAGAUAAUACGGAUGAACGGAUAAAUGUAUAUACAAAGAGUACCAAGAAGACUAACCCUGUAUCCAUCAAAACGUUCGGUAAACAGCAAUCGUUAUUAAAAACUAAUGUUUUCGAGCAAGCGAAACCAAUGAAAAUAGAUAAAGCUGUUGAAUCUGAAUUCAUAGGUGACGAUACAAAAAUUAUAUUGCAAGAUGGAAAAUCAUCGAGUUACCCUGUUUGUAAAAGCGUAGGUACAAUGUUGACCGAAAGAUCGAUACCUAAUUAUUCGAAGAAGGAUAUUAUUAAAGCGCCUAGGUUGAGCGUUUUGAAAUCAGCAUACGUGUCCGCGACCGAGGUUUCUCCUAAAGUUGAUCCUGAAAGAUUGAUCGCUGAGGAAAACGAUAACCGUGCGUUAUCGAACAACGUUGUAGUUUUACCAAAGACCUGGCCUAUCGCCAAACCCCGCGAGCCUAAACUUUCCACUCCAGGUAUAAUGUUCGUGAACCCUGGCUUCGCCAACCCACCGAUUCUUCAGAAAGAAACGAUAGUGAAAGAGUCGAGAACCGAUUCGAAGACUUUAGAACUUUCGAAAUCUGUGACCCCGUGUACUAUUCAAAUACCACAGAUGGAAAGUAUCUUUACCAAGAGUGCAGUAUUGUCGCAACCGCUCGCGCAGACUAUUGCGUGUCAGAAUAUAAGCGGAAACACGGACGUUAAAAUCCUGGGGAAAAGAUCUACAACGGACACGUCGAAAAUGAUGGCGACAAAAUUCUGGCAACUUUCUAGCAACAACAGUAACGUGUUCUUUGCGAAAGAUACCAAAGAAGAUGCGCAAGUUUAUACUUCGACCAGUUUGGAUAACUCUGAGAUAUCCGCUUCAUCUUCCUCGUUGGGUUUACCAACCAACAGCGGCAACACCUUCUUUUUCACGGCUGCUCCUAAAUAUACGAACGUCUCGGAGAAGCAGUCAUCGAUGACGAUUGAUUUCAAUAAAAGAUGUGCAAGAAAUCCUGCACCGAUGCCUAAUGUAACAGGUUCAAUAGUGAAGAUCGUACCAAAGUUACAGGAUCAUCUUCUUCUGAAGACGUUGAAUCAACACGAUGAAGGGUGUAGUAGAAAAACUGUAAAAAAAGCAAGUACUAUUGUUAGUAAUGUAAAAAGCGUAUCCACCCAGGUGGAUCAUCCAUUGGAGAUAAUCAAUUUGAAUUAUACUACGAGUCAUUCCAUCCCGGAUUUACAAGCUGCCCAGAGAACGAUUACUAUUCAUCAGGAGCAAUUUUCUAACGUGAUCGAGCCUGGUGAUAAACUACAAACCCAGAAUGUACAGAGAUCUUCUGAUAAUAUAUAUGCAAACAUGCCAUCGUUGAAGCCAAUUAAAUUAAUGUCCAGGCGAAAGUCGAAGGAAAAACUGAAGAAAGCGACCACUAGGAAAAAGGAAGUUGAAACAAAAACCUUGAUGCCUAAUCCGGAUGAGGCAAACAUAGCGACAUGUUCUAUAAGUCAAUCGCCUUCUGUAUCUAAUAGAGUGUCGAUGGUACCGGGACACAUAUCUGAUAUGUUAUAUCCUAGCGUUCCAAAUAAUGAUCUUCUGAAAGCAUUCAACGAUUAUUGGAGCGCUCAGAUUUCUCAUUGCGCAAUUUGUGCACCCUUCACCUCGAGUUGCAACGGACACGGCAGGCUAAUGCCACCGGAUUGGAAAUAUUGUAAACCCACCGUCUUACCAGAUAGUUCUCCAAUAUGGGUGUCUGCAAGUGUAUUUGUUGCAAAUUCAAAGGAACAAGUAGUUGAGCCUGAAAAUGAUAAGCUUUUACGUUGUAGAGAAUGUCACGUCACGGUCCAUGCUUCCUGUUACGGGAUUACCGUAUUGCCUACAGACUUAAGAAAUUGGGCUUGCGAUAAAUGCAAGGCUGGUAAAACCCAAGUGAUGUGUUGCCUGUGCCCGAUGCGUGGUGGUGCUCUAAAGCGUACCAGCGAUAGCAGUUGGGCUCACAUAUUGUGCGCCCUACUGCUACCAGGCGUCACCUUUAAAGAUGCUAUAAAUAAGGAUCCUAUAAAUGUAUUAACUAUCAAACCCAACAUCGUUAAACAACAUUGUUGUUACUGCGGACAAAAGGAUGGAGCCUGUUUGAGUUGCAACGAAUGCGGUAACUUGUUUCACCCAUCGUGCGGUCUGGUUUCCGGUGCAACUUUUACCGUACCGGUAUAUAAUUCACCGGAGCUUCAGGUAACCUGUGAUGGUCACGAUGAUGGUAAAGAGAAAAUACCAACGAUUCGACAGGGUGAAAUUGUAUGGGCAAAACACCGUAAUACUCGAUAUUACAAGGGCAAAGUAGAUUCUAUACAUGAUACUUUGUUUUAUAUGGUCACAUUCAGUGACGACAGUUUCAGUGAAGAUUUAUACCCGUCAGAUAUAAUGAAUUAUGAUCCUGGAAACCCACCGCCACAAGGGGCCGCAGUUAUCGUUAAAUGGACUGAUGGAAAUUUCUACGAUGGUAUCUUUGGGGGUACAAAUCACCGUAUCAUGUACACUGUCAUUUUUGAAGAUGGUUCGCAACUCGUAUUAAAACGAAACGAGAUAUACAGUUUACAAGAAGAUAUGCCAAAAAGAGUGCGUUCACGUCUGUCCGUUGCGACCGAAAUGAAGCACCGAUAUCAUCUGUAUGGCGCAGAGGAUGAAUUAGAAGCGCAUAGAAAGGUGAAACAGUCUAAAUAUUGUGAUUAAAUGAAAAUCAUAUAUACAAUUUGAUGUAAAUAAUUAAUAGAGACAAAUAAUAUUCAGUCGCUGUAAAUAACAUACACGAAUAAUGUACCUAAGUAAUUUGGUCUUCUCUAAGCGUGUAUAUGCAUUCGGAUUAGACCAAACCGAUAGAUUCUUUUUUUUCUUCGUCAUAUUCGUUUUUCUUUUCAUUUCUCUGUUUCUUUUUUUUUUCAAUUAUUAUCUUCACGUUUCAAACUUCACCGAUAUUUUGAUCGGCAUUGUAGUUACGUCUUUAAGUACACUAUUAAUUUGCUGCUUAUCACUCAUUUCCAGUAUCAAUAAAAAUUCUUCCUGGUUUAAGAAUUUCAUAUAUUAGAUGUACAGAUUAAUUAAAGUGGCUCGAGAAUACGAUAAUGGUAACGAUUAUUUGAAUAAUCGGUAAAUUUUCGAUUAAUUAAUUUGUACGCUUAAUAUAACGUGGAGAAAAGUAUUAAAGAAACCGCAACGUUACAUGUUUACAAUAAUAAUGCGUGCUUUUCGUGACUAUAAAUAGACAAUUUUCAAAUUUUUAAUCUUUUAUCGCAUUAUUAGAAAAUAAUUUACCACCAAUCAAGAUCUGCGUAACGAAAACGAAGCAUGGAAUUUUUUCUUAUUCAUUGUAUCAACUUACAGCAAUUUACACCAAGAUUUGACAGGUAAUUAGCAAGCGAUAAGGAUCAAAGAAAUAUUUAAUAAAUCAAAUUUGUGAGAUCACGUGUCUGUAUAUAUUUACAGAAUAUGUUUUUAAAUAAUUAACCCACGUGGGUUUAGAUUAGAAGUCACUUUUUUACUUUGUUCUAUGGAUAAGAAAACGAAAUUGGAAACAUCACAUAUUUCUGUGUGAGUAUUUGUUUAAAAAAUCUUUUUUAAUAUAUAACAUAUGCCGUUGAAAGCAUUAUGUAGAAUUCUACUUAGGUAUAAAAACACUUUUCAGUAGACUCUCAGUAGUUUCCCAAGAGAUUACACUGUGUACGUUAUUACACAAUAAAUUGAAUUAUACCUAAAUAAAAGGUACAAAUGAGAUUGUCUACUGUAAUGUUUAUUUGUAAAUCAGUGUAAUAGAUAGAUUGCUGUUCUUGUAUUUGUUAUGAAUUCUAUAAAUUAUUUCGAUCAAGUACAUAGUUGUGUUUUGACUGUACUUAAUAAAUUGAGUGUACAUUUCAAGUUGCUAUUUCAAAUGAGGCUAUUGAUCCUUUUAACAUAGCGAAUCAUGUCAUCAAUUUUUUUUUUUUCUUUAUUUAUCUACGCCAUUCACGCGUCCAUCGUCUAACGAAAAUUUGUAAUAUAAAAAUGUCAUUCGUCAUACGGUAUUCUGUAUCACGGUUUCUUAUAAUACGGUGUACACGUUUUGAAAUUUUUUUACAAAAUUUCUUCCUUUUUAGUUCAUAAUUGAACAUAAUCUGCGUGACACAGUGAACGUUUGACAGAGCACCAUCAAUGUAACACAUAUGUAUGUAUAUUUGUAGAUGAAAGUUGUCACUCAAAAUAUUGUUCAUAAUGAUCUCUUGAAAUUCGUUUCCUAAUUUUACUUAAGAAACAGAUAUGCGCGCGCGUGUCAAGAAAAACGAUCAUUUUAAUCUAAUGUAAUUUAUGAAAAGUGAAAUUUCCUUCGACCACUUUAUAAUACCUACUGUUUAAAUCAGGUCGUGGAAAUUGUAUUAGCGUUCUAUGAUAUUAAUAAGAAAAAAAAAUAAGAGAAAAUGUUGAUGUAUCCAAGUGUAGAGACAUUGGAUACAACGUACAAUAAAAACAGAAUAUAAAAUA